AUGGGAGACGACAGUGGUCCAUCAAAAUCUGAGCUUCAGAGUGCGAUGCGUAAGCUUCGGUCGAUUCCGGCUAACAAGUUAUGUUUUGACUGCAAUGCUCGCAAUCCCACUUGGGCCACUGUCACUUAUGGUGUAUUUCUUUGCAUUGAUUGCUCAGCUACUCAUCGUAACCUUGGUGUGCAUUUAACUUUCGUUCGUUCUACAAAUCUUGAUGUGAACUGGACAUGGCUCCAGCUCCGUGCCAUGCAAGUUGGAGGCAAUGCUAAUGCUAUGCAAUUUUUCAAACAGCAUGGUUGUAAUAGUAAUGACGCCCAAGUGAAAUAUAAAAGCAAAGCUGCUCAACUAUACAGGGAAAAGCUGGCGCAAUUAUGCAUUGAAGUACAGAAAAAAUAUGGUAAUUCUGUUUUCAUAGAUACAGCUGCUGUGGUAGAAGAACACAAAGAGGAAGAUUUCUUUGCUCAAGAUUUUGUCCACACUUCUAUGAGUACUACAUCGCUGGGCAGUGACGCAUACAUAACACAAGAGGAAAAAAUCGAUCCUAGUGGUGAUCUAUCAAGCGAACAUGGACCUCGAGUGGAUCACCUGGAUUCCCAUCCAGUAGAGACCGCUCCACCGCCUUCGCUCAUUCUCAAAAAGCCAAUCAAGAAAGCUGGGGCCAAAAAGUCAGCAUUGGGUGCACAUAAGGUACGCAUCGACUUCGACGAAUUGGAACAUAGAGCUUCUGAUUACGAAAAGAAAUAUGCAGAGGCUAGCGCUAAUUUGGUUCAGACUCCCCAAGCAGUCGAAAAGGAUGAACCUGUAGCGAAGCUAAGUGCUCGGUUAGCAAUGCAGGACAUUCAGGACAUCGACACGAAAAAACUCAAGGCUAAAAUGUCAGCAGACCCACAGAAAGCUGCCACAGUUGAAAGACUUGGUAUGGGAGGAUUUGGUAAGCCACGUGCCGCGCAUUCAGUAGCUCAAGGUGUUAAGAUGAUCAGACAGACGGACCUAAGCAGUCGUACAGUACCAUCCUCCUCACCAACAUCCAAAGAUGAUGAGUGGGAUUUCGUUGAAGACAGACCUACCAAAAACAAUGAUAGCGACCUUUUCACAACGGACUAUUCGAAACCAAAAGUAGACUUCUUCGACAGUUGGCAGGAACAGCCGCAGAAACAAACAUCAACAUCAAGUUCUACAAAAUUGUCGUCGCACAGACCAGCUCCGCAAAAUCUGAGCUCUGAUGUGGACUUGCAGAAAAAGUUCGCUGGCGCCAAAGCUAUCUCAAGUGAUAUGUAUUUUGGAAGUAAUGAAAUGGAUUAUGAAACGAAAACUGCACUGCAGCGUUUCGAAGGACAGUCGUCCUUGGGUUCAGAAGACUUAUGGGGGCAAGGUAGUCAACCUCAUUAUUCUCAGGUUCCCGAAAUGUCUGAUAUAAAGGAUUCGUUGCGAGCCGGUGCCUCAAAAGUUGCCGAGAAAUUCUCCACAAUUUCUUCAUCUCUUUCUUCGUAUAUGUCGCGUGCUCCCGCAAAAUCAUAGCCAACUUCUAAUACAGUAAGACAUUUCUGUCUAGCUGGGCUAUAUGUGCUGUAGUUUCUGUUGUUCCGUUGCAAACAUUUUCUCAUGUGCAGGAUCGCUAACUGAAUGUGAUAUCGACAGCUUCUCAAAGACUUCACAAAAUUGACCUUAUGGAGCUACAACAGUUUGAUGGUGUAUAUUCUAACUAAAUUAUCUUGUAAGCGCUUCAUAUCAAAGCGUACCUGUUAGGAAUGUGACGAGAUUCUAAAAUAAUUUGGAUGUAUAGUAUGAUACUUUCUUUCUGUGUUGGGAUAGUUUUAUCAUGCCUCAUAGUAUCUGUUUAUUACUGUUGUUUGUUUAUAUGAUGCUUUCAAAAGAUGGAACAUUCUUAUUUCGGGGACUGGUUAAUAAAAAAUUGUGGUGCA